AAAUUCUUGGUUUCUUCACAUGAAGCCCUCAAGCUUCUGAUCACCCUUAGCCAUUUCUCUUUCAAGCCUCAAAGUCUCAAUGAUGGAUACCCAAAACCAAAAGCCACAUAAACAACCAGUAGCAGAAGAUACAGAACUUCCAGAACAAGCUCCAAAUCCUGAUAUUGUCUUCGAUCUAAGCCUCAUAUCCAACAAAGAAUCCGAUCAGAGGCUGAAUCCCGAACUCAAUCUCAUCGACUGCUUUGAUUCAGCUAUGUGUUCCGAGACUAGUACCGAUGAUCCUAAAGUAGCAGUUACUAGUCAUGAGCCUAGAGUUUUCUCCUGCAAUUACUGUCAAAGAAAGUUCUACAGUUCACAAGCACUUGGAGGGCACCAAAAUGCUCACAAGAGAGAAAGAACACUGGCCAAAAAAGGAGUGGCACACAAGAUUGGUGCAGCCUCAGAUAAUUUCAGGCUUCUCUCACACAGAUUCUCUAGCAUGGCUUCUCUCCCUUUGCAUGGCUCUUUCAAUAAUAGGUCACUCGGUAUUCAAGUGCAUUCUACAAUUCACAAGCCUUCCUGGAACCAAUCAAGUCCUUAUUACGGACAUAAUGGCAAUUUCCUGAGAAACCCCAUUGAUCAACAAUCUGCAAUUGGGCGGCUUCAUCUCAUGGGAUCCAUGUCACCGUCUUCUUCAAGUAGUGGUGGUGUGGGAAGGUUCGACAGUAGUACUACUCGGAAGUUUUCUCCGGUACCGGUGGCUGAAAGAAUUGGAGGCUUCCGGUGGAAUAGUGUUAGCCAUUUGAAGACUACGCAAGAUCAUGAGUUGCCGAAGCUUGACUUGUCCCUCAAGCUCUAA